AUGGCUGCAUCUAACAUAAAGAUGCCAGCCUUCGGCAUCACGACAACCGAGAGAGUUAAGAAUAAGGAUCAUGUAAAUGCCCUCCUUCGGAAUUGCCGCGCUUUGCUUGACAACUACCGCAAGAACCCAUCCGAAUUUGACCUCGACGAUGCUCUCACCGCGGUACAAGAUGCCUUAAUCAUCGCCAGCGACCGAGAUGCCUGUGAGUCUCCUCCUCUCGCGACCUGUUACCUUUACAAAGGCCACGCUCUAUGGAUUAUGAAGAGAUAUCAAGAGGCUCAAAAUGCGUAUCGCCUUGCGUCAAAAACAAUCGGCACUACCCCCGCUGAUCGUAAAGCUUCAGAAAAAGCCGUCUCCUACGUCGUAGACGUUGCCGAGAAAGUUCGAGAGGAGAGACGUAAAGGCGGCCUAUGGACGGAGACGUACGAUUUGGAUUUCCCGCGCGGUGAUAACCGGAGCCAAUCUCGUUAUUAUAAGUCCCGUAGUGAGAAGCUGAUGAAUACAGGUUUACACUAUGCCUGCCCCCCUAUUCAAGACUUGGAUGCGAAAAGGGUGCCUUGCAUUGAGAUGCCCGGGUUUAUUCACAAGCCCACCCCUACGAGCCCUGUUAAGUGCAGCGUAUAUUGGACCGAAGAGGCAAAAUCCCCUACUCACGGAGGUAGAACGCUCAGAAGUAUGCGCGGACGAUAUAUAGAUUCGAAUAGUCUUCGCGUACAAUGA